GUCUUUAACUCUUUCGAUUUCCCUUUGAAAUCACUACUGACGUGUUGGUAUUUCGUACCUACUUCGAAAGAAUUUCAUUGAUUUUGUUUUAAAUCAUACCUUCUAAACAACCGUUUUACGAUUUUCAAUACAAACUGAUCAAGAAAUGGAAAGCAAACGUGACGAAUUUCGUCGUUAUUUAGAGAAGGCAGGAGUCAUGGACGCUCUGACAAAAGUUUUGGUUGGACUCUAUGAAGAGCCAGAGAAACCAAAUGAUGCAUUGAUGUACCUAAAAACCCACCUGAGUGUUGCCCAUCCCGAUCAGGCUGAACUGGAGUCCAUGAGGAAUGAAUUGCAUUUUGCUCGGAGACAAGCUGAGAUGUUGAAGGAGGAGAAUCAAAGGCUGUCUGCAGAACUUCAAAAGUACUUGGCUGUAGAAAGUUUGAGUAAGGAGGAACCUUCUGAACAAAGUACACCUGAUCAUGAUGAACAGAUAAAUUGAGGCCACUUCCAUCUGUCAAAUCACUACCUUCUGUGCCUUGACAUUUAACUCAUUUAUUAUGUAUUUCAUGUUCAUUAUUAAAUAAAAAACUUGAUUCUGAAGCAAAA